GCUUUCUACCAUCAUUGACGUCACACACAGUCAAAGAUGUCUGACUUCGAUGCUUUCGAAAGUGAACCUCCAGCACAAAACGAGGAGGAGGACCCAGCAGCUGCCUUCUUGGCCAGGGAACAAACGGAAUUAGCUGGUUUAGAAGAUGAUGAAUUCACACAACAAACUGAUGAAGGGCAGUAUGAUAUGUUUGAAGGUGGAGAACCCCAAAUAAUGAAUGGAGCCCCAGGUUUCAUGGGAGAAAACCAGUUUGAUGAAGCUCAGACAAAUGGCCCCUCUGAUGCAUACUCGGCCAUCACCUCAAUGGACAAAGAGAGGAGUGAACCAGAAAAACUCAGGAUUUGGAGAGAAGAACAGAAAAUGAGAUUAGAAAAGAAAGAUGCAGAGGAGGCCCAGAAAAAGGAAGAAUGGAGAGAGGCAGCGAAGAAGGAGUUGGAUGAUUGGUACAAACAUCACAAUGAGCAGAUACAGAAGACAAAGGAAACAAACAGAACUGCUGAGGAAGCUUUUGUGAAGGACCGAGACACGACACAGCCUGGUGGAGAGUGGGAGAAAAUCUGUAGAUUGUGUGAAUUCAACCCCAAAAAUUCCAAAAACACCAAGGAUGUGUCAAGAUUACGCUCCAUUCUCCUGCAGUUAAAGCAGACACCAUUAGUACGAUGAAGUAAAACAGCAUCAUUCCCUCAAUUUGUAGUUGUGUGUUGUGACUGAACAGCAUGUACAAUUUAUUUGUUGUCAAGUAUGAAAGAAAUAACAGAGAAAAUAAACGAGGACUUUUCAUGUUGAAUUUUAUAGAUCAACUGUAAAAGAAAUUUAGGAAAAAAUAUAAUUGUAAACAGUCAAGCCAUUUUGUGAUAUUCAAGUAAUCAAGUUCAUUUUUCACUCAUAUACUUAUUGGUAUAAUGUUAGUAAGAAAAGAUACAUGUACUUCAAAUAAGUUUUUGAUGUCACUGUUAAAAAUGUAAUAAAGUACAUCUAUGAUAAGAUA